ACACAGCCUCCUACUCUGUUUUAAAGAUGUGGUGUUUCUUUUAAUGUAUGUAAAAUUAUAUAUUCGUUUUGAAUUCUUGAGCAAAUCAGAUUUUGUGUAUGUGAGGCAAACAGGAAAGUGGGCACAUGGUUACUGGUGAUAGGAGGAGUGUCGAGAAGUACAUCGUUUGUUCCCUGUCUCCUUGUGACAUACACAGUGCCUCCCAUAAAGAAGACACCACAAUGUCUGAUCCAAACACAUCUGCUUUUAUUAUAGACUUUGGCUCAAUUUACGAUGAACUCAACUUUACUUAUAAUGACACGGAGUUCAUCGUAAACCCCGAGACGCAGCCCUGCGACCCCUUCACCGUCCCAGAUGGAGUGACGGUCGUUGUCAGCGUGUUUUAUGUCAUCAUCUUUCUGCUGGCCAUUCCUGGAAACCUCGUCGUGGGGCUGGUGAUCGGCCUGAGCAAGCAGUCCUUGCCUCCCUCUGACCUCUACCUCCUCCACCUGGCAGUCGCCGACCUCCUGUUGGCCAUCACCCUCCCGUUCUGGGCCACGGCUGUUACGAUGGGUUGGGUGUUUGGAGACGCCAUGUGCAAAAUCGUCACCAUCCUCCAAGAGCUGAGCUUCUACUCCAGCAUCCUCUUCCUGACUUGCAUUAGUAUGGACCGGUACAUGGUGAUUGUGCGGGCCAUGGAGGCGCGCAGGGCUAACAGACAGCGAGUCAGCUGGGGAGUGUGCGCCAUUGUCUGGGCUGUUGGAGUGCUUCUGUCUCUGCCAGGGCUUUUAAAUUCCUCCUUCCAAUCUCAAAACUCGAGUCAAAUUGUGUGUGCCGAGCAGUAUGAUCCCAUCAGUGCUGACGUGUGGCGGCUGGCCACCAGAAUCCUCCGCCACACUUUGGGUUUUUUUAUCCCCUUGGCCAUCAUGCUGCCCUGUUAUGGCGUCACAAUCCGGCGCCUCCUUCACAUCCGCGGGGGAUUUCAGCGGCAGCGCGCCAUGCGAGUGAUUGUGUUCGUGGUAGUCGCCUUCCUGCUUUGCUGGAUGCCGUACCACAUUGCAGUGAUGGCAGACACGUUCUUCAGGGCAAAGAUAGUGCCGUACCGGUGCCCGGCGAGGAUGGCAGUGGAUCAGGCCAUGUUUGCCACUCAGAGUCUGGGCCUGCUGCACAGCUGUGUCAACCCGGUGCUGUAUGCGUUUGUCGGAGAGAAGUUCAGGAAAAGCUUGUUGCAGAUUAUGAGGAAGAUGGGCCUCCUGGAGAGAGCAUCUGUGUCCAGAACCAGCAGGUCGUCACUGUCAUCAGAAAUCACAUCAACGUUCAUGUGAGAAGAGACAUUUUGAAAUAUUCUGAGAAAUUAAUCACAUCUGUGUUCUUUACUGCAUCAUGUCACCUGCUGGACAGCAAAGUACUAGUUUUGAUACUUAAAAAAACGUUUUAUCACAACUUAUAAUUAUUUGACUUUUUUUCAAAAUUUUCUUUAAGUUGUCUGAAAUAUUUCACCAGAUUUGUAAAAAAAAAUAUAUAUU